AUGACCAACAUUCUCAAUGAGGAAGACAUGUUGGAAGCUCGCCUAGAACAAGCCUCUCUCCUCAAGCGCGUUGUCGACGCUAUCAAGGAUCUGGUGCAGGACUGCAACUUUGACUGCAAUGACUCUGGUAUCGCCCUCCAGGCCAUGGAUAACUCCCAUGUAGCCCUAGUUUCCAUGCUCCUCAAGGCCGAAGGCUUCUCCCCAUACCGCUGCGACCGCAACAUUGCUCUCGGUAUCAACUUGGUCUCCUUGACCAAGGUCCUGCGGGCUGCUCAGAAUGAAGACAUUCUUACUCUCAAGGCCGAUGACUCACCGGACGCCGUUAACCUCAUGUUCGAGAGCGCUGAGACCGACCGACUAAGCGAAUAUGAUAUUAAGUUGAUGGACAUUGACCAGGAGCACCUGGCAAUCCCAGAGACCGAGUAUGCCGCUACCGUCGAGAUGCCUUCUGCAGAAUUCCAGCGGAUCUGCAGAGACCUGAACGCACUUUCCGAGUCUGUUGUCAUUGAGGCUACCAAGGAAGGUGUCAAGUUCUCCUGCCAGGGUGACAUUGGCAGCGGAUCUGUCACCAUCCGUCAACACACCAACGUCGAUAAGCCCGAACAGAACGUUUCCAUUGCUCUCUCCGAACCCGUUGCCCUCACUUUCUCCCUCAAGUACCUCGUCAACUUCUGCAAGGCUACCACUCUCUCCAGCAAGGUGAGCCUCUGCCUGUCCCAGGAGGUUCCCCUUCUUGUUGAGUACGGUCUCGGCAGUGGUCACCUGAGAUUCUACCUCGCUCCUAAGAUCGGUGACGAGGAGUAA